GGAUGUUCACUCGCGGUCAUUGCGUUUGAUGGUUCACCUUGGGCAGGCUUUCAGCGCACUUUUGGUAGCGCAGCAACGCGUUGGAGAAUACAAGAGGGUCGCGUCGGACCAUAAUAUCAUUGCGCAAGUCAGAGACACGGCUUCGAUUGACAUUAUGAACAUCAGAACCCUAGACAUAUUGUAGCU